GCCCACAGUCAGGGAAAUGUUGAAGCCGCUAGUAAACACUAAAGAGUAACCUUCUUUUUCUUUGUUCAGUGAGAGCGCGGGAAAAAGCAGAAGACAAGAAUCGGUGCUAGUUUGAUUUCACCUGACAACCUGGCCAGCACCAAUAGACUCUCCCAUGACAACAAGCCAUACCUCUCCGGCUAAUAGGAAGUAGAUUCUGCCUGCCAAUGAAGCAGGGCUGUGUUCAGUUCAUUAAACGUUUUACUACGUGCCUGAACGACACACUUCUCCCCAACUGUUCUUUGAGGGGUCUUUGCUCCUGUUUGGUGGUUGUGGCGGUGUGUUGCCCGACCGUUGAGAACAGCACAGUUUUCCGUUCAAUCAAAAGUUGCACGCCGUUGUGUCCUGCUGAACACAGCCAUAACUUGAGUCUCCAGGAGGAAAGCAACUUAGGCCAACAACAGCCAACCACCCCAGAGAGGAAUGGCGAAGGAGUUUCUGCUGGAGAAUAAGCCGCUCCUAACAGAGAUUCUGUCAGCGGAACCCGACAAUAUUCUCCAGUACGCCCAUUCAAAUAAACUUGUGGAGCAGCGUGGAUACAACAUCCUCUGCCACCUGCAAUCCAGUCAGCCUCCAGAGACUACAGUCAUCAAGCUACUGGACAUGCUGAGAGAGAGAGGAGAGAAGUACUGCCAUGGUUUUGUGGCCCUCCUGCAUAAGCAAGAGAUCAUCGCAAACUUCCCCAGACUCAAAGAGCUGGACUGGACCACCUUCAAAGACUCUAGUGCCCCUGACCCACCCCCAGUCCCACCAAGCAUCAGAGCAGGAAGUAAUCAAGGCCUGCGGCUACAUCCACAAUGUCUCAGCAGUGAAGAGAGGGAAGAAGACAGGCUAUUUCAAUGCCGUUUUACAGCAAGAAGAUGAGAGCAGGAAUCUGAUCGUUUUUCAGCCGCAGCUGCGAGACCGCUUUGCCACAGCAGAGAGUCGCAGCGACCUUGACGGGAGGGUCAAGGAUGUGGCGCUAGCCGACCUUCAAGAGGACAAAGAAAACACAGAAAAUGCUGUAAAACAGAAGGUGAACGUUACAGUGGAGGUGAUUCAGAAACUGAAAGAGGGCCAUUGUAAAACGAGAUUUAACAAAAGCAUGCCCAUGGUGGAAUACCUAGUCGGUCAUAUUGUAGAUGAUUCAACAACACUCACAAACCUGACCGUGUGGGGUCGUGAAAACACGGUCGAAGAGGGGAAAUGGUACCGGGUCACCAAUGUUUCUGUUGCUAAGUAUGGGGGUCAAACCGUGCUGAACACAACACCAGAAUCUACUCUGGUCAACGUGGCCAGUGGUAGGAAAUGCGAUCUGCCACACAACAUGGUACAGCCUGAGAAGUUUGAGGGGAAAAUCAUUGGAUACUGGUUGUCCCAAGAGUACACUUGCCCAGAAGCGCACCACCUGGAGAGGGUGGACACCACUGAAAAGAUGGUGACUUGUAAGCAUUGCCCUAUGUCGUACAUACUAUCCCUGAUGGGAAGGAUAACUAGAGGGAAGCUCUCCAUACAAUCUGAUGAUCUGGUCAGCCGGGUGUUCACUGUAGAGGACCAUGUCAUCAGAAAUGUUCUGCGAGGAAGGUGGGAGGGGAGAGAGUCUCUGAAGGACAUUCAGGACGCGCUGGUCGAACUGCCACCAGUGACAGUUACUGUUCUCAAUGGUCAUGUGUCAACCGUUACAACUCAGAGUCAGGAUGUCACCACACAGGAUGAGAAGAGGAAUAUUACUGCGCAACAGCGCGUUUAGUCUGGACUGAUGGUUUUAUUUUGAUCUAACCUUGAUCUAACUAGGCAAGUCAGUUAAGAACAAAUUCUUAUUUACAAAAGGCCUCCUGGGGGACGGGGAUUAAAAUAAAGACAUAGGGGCGUGGUUCCUUUAGUCAUUUUGAUAUCACCUGGGCCACUACUUCAAUAUGUCUUAGAUGAAAAACGGCAAGCUGAAAAUGUAAAUAGAUUGAUAAUAAAAAAUACUUUUAAAAUGUU